GACCUGGUCCCCGAUCCGGCUCAGACGUUCCACGGUUGCGGCACAGUGAAGAAGCGCGAGAGAGCGGUCGAGAGAAUCCGCCACCGAAAUCCAAACUGAACCCGACAGAAAACUGGUCAAGAACCGAAUCAUAAGCACAUCAUUAAAUCAGACCCAAACCGAAUUUCCGUGCGCCAAUGCCAAUGCGAGUUCAAUAGAAUGUGGAAGUAUCUGUUGAUUUGUGUGGUGAUGAGUGCCCUCAACGGGGAAUCGUCGGCGGCUGGCCAGCAGCCCCGGAGACGUCGUGGAUACGCCGGCGGGUAUGCCGGGGGCUUUGCCAGCAGCGGAGGAGGAGCCGGUGGCUAUACGGGCACCUACAACAGCGGCGGCGGAGGCGUGGGCCACAGCAGCUAUGUGGGUACCGGCGGUGGCAGUGGGGGCUACUACGACUACGAUGACUACGACGGCAACUCGCCGAACUUUGGCAUCAUCGACCCGUACCUGUUCCACCAGCAGCUGACCAACCACAUCCUGGCCCAGAACUACGCGAACCAACAAGCUAUAACGGGUCUGGCCACGGCUGGCAAUGCUUUCGCAUCUGCGGAUGCCUCUCUAGUCGACGACGACGACACUCGCAUCCAGCAGCAGAUUGCCGCACAGCAGGCCUACCACGACAAUCUAGUGCGUCAGAACCGAUACAGGGGAUCGGGAUCGGGAUCGGGAUCCUCCAGCGGCUCCUACAACUCGCAUCGAUAUGCCCCCAGCUACGCCGCUGCCUCGGGCUCCAUUGGACCCAACGGGCACCGCCAAACGGCCUACAUCAGCCCCGCUAAUCCGGCCUCGCCCAACAUUGUGAAUCGGUUCGGAGGCGGCUCGUCCUCAGGUGGCGGCUACAAAGGUGUCUCCGUCUCCUCCUACAGCCACAGCAAUGGCGAUGGGACCAGCCGUCGUGGCGCCCAGACCACUGUCAACGACAAUGGCAAAGUCACCUCGUACUCAACGCACUCUUAGAGGGAUUCGAGAGUCGAGAGUCUUCCCGACUCCUAUUGGAAGCUGGCAGACGGCAGCUGGGCCUGGGCUAGCCUCGAAUCCAGUCUAACAAAAG